CUAAAAGCAGGGAUGAAUCGAGAAAAAAAGCGUUGGCCGAAACUUCAAGUAUCGUGCUUCGUUGCAUGCCAUUUUUCUGUUUCAUCCUUCCAUUUCUUCUCCUCCCAUUCCCUCUCCUCUCUUCUUCGGUUUUUACUCGUACUUCUGCAUGCUACUCACCUUCUUAAAUCAUUUCUUCUUCCCCAAAUUAUCUCGCAACUUUUUUUAUAAAAAUCUCCAAAAUCAAAGCUGUUUAAUUAAUUCAAUUUUUUCAAGAUGAAAAACCAAAGGUUUUUGGAAGUUUGAGUGAAAAAAAGGAAUUAUGGGUUCGAAGACUUGUAUGAAUAUUUUGUGCGGUACGACGUCGUCCGCUGAAUGGAGAACUGGUUGGAAUUUGCGAUCUGGUGAAUUGGCUAAUUUAUGCGAUAAAUGCGGAUCUACUUUUGAGCGACAAAUUUACUGCGAGGAAUACCAUGCAGAUGAUUCUGGCUGGAGAGAAUGUGUCACAUGUAGCAAGCGACUCCACUGUGGAUGCAUUGCUUCAUUGGCUUUGAUAGAGUUGCUUGAUUGUGGUGGUGUGAGGUGCAUUGGCUGUGCAAGGAUUUCAGACCCUAGUUUGAGCUUAAAUGCUGGAAAAUGUGAAGGAUCUGGACCUUGCGAUGUGACAGAAAAAAGUGCUGGCCCGAAACAGUUAGGCAAUUAUAAGGAAAAUAAUUGGAGCAAUCAACUAUCCAUAAUGCAGAAUUCCAACUCAAACUUAGCUUUUGGAUUACUGAAACAAGAGGAACUUUCGCUCCCACCUGCUCAAGCUGGAACUACAUGGAUUUCAAACUUAGCUCAGUCUUCCAUGGGAUCUUUUCAAAAAACUAGAUUUGACGUGUCUACCAGUAGCAUGCAAGCCAAAGAUAACUAUGGAGCAAUAACUCAUCCAAACCUGAAUAUAGCUUUGGGUAUUCCAACAGGAAAUCUACAAGCUACAUCCAGUGCAAUUGUUGAUGGAAUGGAACAGAGAAAGAUGUCUGAUACGUUCCACCAAGGAUUUACAUCUCCCAAUCUUUUGCCAACACCACCAAAGCUGGCCUUUUCUCCAGUGCCGGACACGAAUCCGGUUGUGAUACCACAAAUACGUGUAGCAAGGCCUCCUGUUGAGGGACGGGGUCGUCACCAACUACUUCCUCGUUAUUGGCCAAGGAUUACAGAUCAAGAGUUGCAGCAAAUAACCGGAGAUUCAAACUGUACAAUUGUUCCGUUGUUUGAAAAGGUUUUGAGUGCUAGCGAUGCAGGUCGAAUAGGUCGUUUGGUUCUUCCUAAAGCAUGUGCUGAAGCAUAUUUUCCUCCUAUAUCCCAACCCGAGGGAUUGCCUAUCAAAAUUCAAGACGUGAAGGGAAAGGAAUGGCUUUUUCAGUUCAGGUUUUGGCCGAAUAACAACAGCAGGAUGUAUGUUUUAGAGGGUGUAACUCCCUGUAUACAGUCAAUGCAAUUGCAAGCUGGCGAUACUGUAACAUUUAGCCGUAUGGAUCCUGAAGGGAAACUUGUUAUGGGUUUCCGAAAAGCAUCAAACUCUGGCUCUGUGCAGGAUGCUGCAUCACCUGCCAUCCGUAAUGCCUCUCUUUCAAGUGAAUCUUUCUUUCCGGGUGUUAUUGAGAAUCUACCUGUAAUGAGUGGUUGCUCUGGCCUUCUCCAGUCAAUGAAGGGGAGCACGGAUGCUCAUAUGAAUGCUUUGUCAAGACAACUGGACUCUUCUGGUGGAAACGUCCCGUGGAAUAAUAGUGAAAAGUGUAACGAACGGACGGAGGAAGUAACAUUGACGUUGGAAAGGAAAAAGAGUCGUAAUAUUGGUUCCAAGAGUAAGAGGUUGCUUAUUGAUAAUCAAGAUGUUCUGGCACUCAGAUUGACAUGGGAGGAGGUGCAGGGUAUGCUUCGACCUCCACAAAGUGCAAGGCCUAGUGUUGUUGUGAUUGAGGAUUAUGAAUUUGAAGAAUAUGAAGAACCUCCAGUUUUUGGAAAGAGCAGUAUUUUCACAGCCCGUCCAUCUGGGGCAGUGGAGCAGUGGGCUCAAUGUGACAACUGCUCUAAGUGGCGUAGAUUGCCUGGUGAUAUUUUACUUCCUCCAAAAUGGACAUGUGCAGAUAAUGCUUGGGAUCAGAGCAGGUGUUUCUGCUCUGCUUCAGAGGAAUUAGGCCCCAGAGAACUUGAAAACCUUCGACACCUGAGCAAGGAUUCUGCAAAGAGAAGAAUGGUGAUGGCUAGCAGAAUGGCACAGGAACAAGAAUCUUCUGGCCUAAAUGCUCUAGCUUCUGCAGCAGUUUUGGGAGAUAACACAAAUGACCCAGGGACUUCAUCUGUUGCUGCUACCACCAGGCAUCCAAGGCAUCGGCCUGGUUGUUCAUGCAUAGUUUGCAUUCAACCACCAAGUGGUAAGGGAAAGCACAAAUCAACAUGCACUUGCACUGUCUGCAUGACCGUUAAACGCCGUUUCAAGACCCUUAUGAUGAGGAAAAAGAAACGUCAGUCAGAACAGGAAGCAGAGAUUGCCCUGAAAAAUUAUCAGAAGCAAAUUCCUAAAGAAGAUGUUAAAGCUGAUGUCGAGAAUAAUGACAAAUCACACCUUGAGGAUCGGAACAAAACUGAAGAUGAGUUACAUGUGGGUCCCACUCAAACUAAUAAUGAUGGAGGACAAAAUCCGAUGAGCUUGUUAGCCGAAAGUGGCAAGAGCCUUGAUCUAAAUUUCCACCCUGAGCGCGAAGAAGACUUGAGGAUGAGGUCUGCUCCAUCUAGUUUGACGAAUCUUCUUCAGUUAGCAAGUCUCCCUUUGGAGGCAUAUAUGAAGCAAAGUGGCCUUGCUAGCUUAUCAGCUGAGCAACAAGCUAGCUCUGCAUCACUAUUAGGACAAACAGGCGAGAAAGCUAUUGACGAAUAUCCUGUUGGUCCUGAACAGGUGAAUACAAGUAAUGGAAGCUGUGAAUCAUCAGAACAUAAACAGCACUGUGAUCCUUUGUGAUACCUCUCUUCCUUGAAAAGCAAAUUCUUUCAUCGUUGUAAUGUGCUAAUUUUUAUCAAGGCUAAGCUUGUUGUAACUUGUAACAUUAGCAGAGAUGUACAAAUAUUUCGUGCUCACAGAAAUCAACUUAUCACAUCAGAUGUACAAAUAGUAAGCAGUUUCAGCAAGAAAGUGAUUUUCAAGUGAUUA